CCUCUCUCCUCCAGCUGCUCCGCUCUCCGGGACCAUGGCGCUGCACUCCCGGCUCUUCUCUGUAUACGUGGCGUGCACUUUUCUUAUCCUCUCUUUACUUCAUUCCUCCUCGGCGGCUCCGUCCGGCGGCGCGUACUCGUCGUCGCUGCUGCCGCCGUACGACCUGGUGUACUACAGCGGGGUGCGCGCCUACUUCGGCGGGGAGUGGAGCCGCGCCGCGGAGCUGCUGGAGAAAUCCAUCGAGACCAAGCAGAGCCUGUUCAGGCUGCGCAGGCAGUGCCACGAUGACUGCCUCUCUGCGGGAUCACACGCGCUCAGCAGGCUGGACUCGGAGGAGGGCAGCCUGUGGGACCUCUGGAUGCUGGACUGGGUGCAGCAGAGAGCCGAGUGUCUGAGGUUCUGUAUGGGACGCUCCAUCACUCCUGCAGGGCAGCUCCCCGUUUCCACCGACAUCGAGUAUGAAUUCAGCACCCGGAACCCGUACAACUUCCUGCAGGUCACGUACUACAAGCUGGAGAAGUUGCGGAAGGCAGCCGCCGCGGCUCACACCUACUUCGUGGCGAACCCCAGCCACCUGGAGAUGAGGAACAACAUCGAGAAGUACAGGCGCAUGAAGGGCGUGACUGACGAAGACUUUCAGGACAGAGAGCUUGAGAACGAGAAGCACUGGGUCCUGUACGACGCCGCGCUGCAGCACGAAGCCUCCUCUGACUGGACGCAGGCGGCCGAGAAAUGGAAAGCCUGCGUGAACGAAACGCUGCGGCAGAUCGACGAGUGCAGGGUGCAGUGCGAGGUGGCGUCCCAGCCCAUGCCCGAGGACAGAGGAACCGACGGCGUUGACGGCGUGUUUGAAAAGGCAGCAGCGCUCUCUCUGUCGCUGCUCUCCUGCCGGCAGUACUGUGUGACGCAGGUCGCCACUCGACCCGGAAGGAUCUCUGCUCAGGAGGACCUCCUCCCCACGCAGCUGGAGCACCUGCACAUAGCACAGUUCAAAGCUGGAGAUUUUCGGGGAGCAUUGCGGACGCUUCGCUCCCUGCUGCUGUUCUACCCCUCCGAUCAAGACUCCUUAGACAACCUGCAGCUCUACCAGGAGACACUAGAGGGAGACACAGAGUCGCAGGGAGCGCAGCCUGUUCAGGAGAUCGUUGGAUACGUCAGUCGCUCGCUGGAGGAAAAGAAGCUUCUGUAUUUCGGUGUGGAGAACCUUGACUUCAAAUUCAUCGACCCUGACCUCUGGACUCCAGAGGACGUCGUUCCUGAAUCGCUCAGAGAAAGUUGGAGAGCUGAAAAAGAGAAAAUUAACGAGAAGAUAAAAGAAGGAGAGCAGCAGGAGGAGGUGGAUGACAGCGGCUUUUUUUCAGGAGGCGUGAUCCGCCAGGUGGGCGUGACCAUCGCCAUGGACGACGACCUUCUGAACGGGACCAAUCGGGUCGUCCUGGACGGAGUCGCGACCGAGAAGGAGUGCGAGAAGAUACUGCAGCUGGCCGCAGUGGCGGCGUCCGUUGGGGAUGGUUACAGGGGGCGCCGCUCUCCCCACACGCCUCACGAGACGUUCGAGGGCCUGACUGUCCUCCGAGCUGUGAAGCUGGCCCAGGAAGGCCUGGUCAACCAAUCAGACGCUCAGCUGUUACACGAGCUGGGUGAGAGAGUGCGAGUGCUGCUGCACUCUUACUUCAGGAGCCCCUCGGCGCUUUUCAUCUCCUUCACUCACCUGGUCUGCCGCACUGCCGUUGAAGGGGAGCAGGAGGGCAGGCUGGACCUGUCUCACCCCGUCCAUGUGGACAACUGUCUCCUCGAGCCGGAGACAAAGCAGUGCUGGAAGGAGCCGCCUGCGUUCAUACACAGAGACCUCAGUGCUAUUCUUUACCUGAAUGACAACUUCGAUGGUGGAGAGCUGUUCUUCACCAACAGAGACGCAAAGACAGUAACGGCUCAGGUGAAGCCCGGCUGCGGUCGAGUGGUGGGCUUCUCCUCCGGCCCGGUGAACCCGCACGGCGUCACUGCGGUGACCAGGGGCCGCCGCUGCGCUCUGGCUCUGUGGUUCACCAAGGAGAAGCUGUACAGAGACAUGGAGCGGGAGGAGGCCGAGGCCCUGUGGGCCGCAGACGGACACAGCGAAUUCAAAAAGGAGGAGCAGGAGACGGAGGGCGGCUCGGCCGCCAGCCGGAACGCCCGGAGCUCCCAGGCGCCGAAGGAGAAGAGCAGGGGGAGAGGCAGGGUGACGGGGGGCAAGGAUGAGCUGUGAGAGCCAGGACGAACCCCACAGACUGAGAAUGAAGCGCUUCCCUUUUCACAUCCGGUCCACUGGAACAGCCAGACGCCCCGACUCCACAUCCACGAACUUCAUUCCACUUGUACAUGACUUUUCACACACACUUUCACUCUCUUCAGGUUGCUUCUUUUUUUUGUGUGUAUAUACUGUAAUUCUGCUGUAUAUGAUGAAGAUCAUU